CAGUAUUUUCGUCAGUGUGCUCCUUCCUUGUCUAGAGGGCGUUGCAUCUCCUGCAGAGAUAUAUCACGUACAUUUCACAGCUUGUCAGCACGAUACAGAGGAGAGAGGGAAGAAAAAGAAAGCAUUUUAAGAAAGACAAAUUCCUGCCCAGAGGUGUCUACAGGACAGUCAUUUGAGGAUUGCUGACAUUACAUCAUCAUGGCAACGAAGUUGUAAAAUUGGCUAACUUUACACAGAAAAGUCUGGAAGAUAGAUAUAAGCAUGGCAGGUAGCAGCUUUGAGACUGAGUUCCUACAGACUCACAAUGCACUUCGCAAACAGCAUGGAGCCCAGCCCCUCACCAUGAACAAAAACCUGUGUCGCUCCGCACAGGCAUGGGCGGAACACCUGCUGUCAAUCAGGACCCUCAAGCACAGCAACAAGGACUAUGGGGAAAAUUUGUAUUAUGCUUGGAGUUCGGCAACCAAAAAACUCACAGGAUGUGAGGCAGUGGAAAGCUGGUACAGUGAAAUUAAAGACUACAGCUUCUGCAGGCCAGGAUUCAGCUCCAAAACAGGUCACUUUACACAGGUGGUGUGGAAGGAUACAAAGGAGUUGGGAGUUGGACUGGCCACUGAUGGAACCACAACUUUUGUGGUGGGUCAGUAUCUUCCUGCAGGAAAUAUCACCAAUGCUGGCUAUUUUCAGCGGAAUGUCUUACCAGCAGGUUCCCCUGUAGACUUAAAGUCCACGGGUACUGCUGACAAAGGGGGCCAACUGCAUGGAGCAUCUGCUAUCCAUUCAAACAGACCACAAUCCCUUCCUCGCAGUACUGAAACAUCACCACCUGGGGGCAGGAGGGAGGCUCAUCUGGGUAGCAGCUCAAAGGACAGCAGCUUUGAGGAUGAAUUCCUACAGACUCACAAUGCAUACCGCAAAAAGCAUGGAGCCUCACCCCUCAGCAUAAACAAAAACCUGUGUCGCUCUGCACAGGAGUGGGCAGAACACCUGCUGUCAAUUAAGACCCUCAAGCAUAGUAAUGGAGAACAUGGAGAGAAUGUGUACUAUGCCUGGAGCUCAGCUACUAAAAAACUUACAGGACGAGAAGCAGUGGAAAGCUGGUACAGUGAAAUUAAAGACUACAACUUCAGUAGGCCUGGAUUCAGCUCCGAAACAGGUCAUUUCACACAGGUGGUGUGGAAGGACGCAAAGGAGCUGGGAGUUGGAUUGGCCACAGAUGGAAAAACAACCUUUGUGGUGGGUCAGUACCUUCCUGCAGGAAACAUCAGCAAUGCUGGCUAUUUUGAAAGAAAUGUCCUACCAGCAGGCUCGCCUGUAGACUUAAAAUCCACCCCUUCUGCUGACAGACUUGGACAAGCACUUGGUGCUCUCAGCAUCAGGCCAAAUCCAUUGCCUUCACCAUCUCACACGUCUGGACCACCACAUAAAAGUCAGGCCCCACAGAUUAGUGGCUCAAAAGGAGAGGACUUGUCCCAGUUUCGUCAGUCUCUCUUUGAGGCUCAGAAUCAUUACAGACGGCAACAUGGGGCACGGCCUCUCUCGCUGUGCCGCAUCCUCUGUAAAGAGGCUCAGGAUUGGGCAGCACAUCUGAUUAGCAUUAACGCCCUGAAGAACAGCGGCAAAGGUUAUGGCGAGAAUAUGUCAUACAAAUGGACGUCCAAUAUAGUGCCUCCAACAGGAAACGAGAUUGCUGAAUCGUGGUACAAGGAAAGUGCAAAGUACAACUUUGCAAACCCUGGCUUUCAAAGUGGAGCUGGUAACUUCACCCAGAUGAUCUGGAAGUCUACAGAGCAAGUUGGGAUUGGCCUGGCAUCAGAUGGAAAGGGCAAGUUCAUCACUGUGGCCUUUUACAAACCUCCUGGGAAUAUCACCAACCCUGGAUACUUCCAGGAUAAUGUCAACACUGCUAGGAAGUGAUCUGUUGAACAAAUAAGUUUAAGCAGAUCUUAUACCUUUUAAUAGAAACUAGAAAUAGGUGGAAAUAAGGGAAUUUAUUCAAAACAUUCAUUAUAAGAUGUAACCAAAAACUAUACACAAUUUUCAAAUAUAUUGCAUAUACAAAUAGAAAUCAUUAGUUCGCAAUUGUCAAAUUAACUGCAGUACUUUGACAAUACAGUAUACAGUAUUUGUUUUAUUGGUUCUGGUGCAUUUUCUCCUUCUUGGCAUUAAUUUGUUCACUGUACAUUCUUGUUGUCUAUGCAUAUAGAAUUGUUAAGAGACAUACACAUACACACAAAAGUGUGUAUGUGCUGUUGAUUAAAAGGGAAUUCAGUAAAACCUUUAAAUUAAUUAACCUAAAGCAAAUAUUGUUUCUGUGAAGUUAGUUAUCUUAAAUACAGUAUACAGUAUAUGUACUAUGGAGUGACUGAUUUAUCAUGAUUUGUCAUCAUGUGAUAUACAAAAAGUAAUACCAUAUUAUGUUUCAAGCAUUUAUAGGUCAAUCUGUGACAUACUCACUGCUUUAUGGCAACAAUACUUUCAAAACAUCACUCACAAAACAUAAAUAAACCAAUGCGUUUGUGAAUUGUCUCAUCAUAUGAAACAAACUUACAAUGGACAAAGAGCCAGUUUUACAAUGCAAGGCUAACCCCUUAAUCUUAUGAUGUCCUUCUCAGAUCUUACCUGUUCUUCCUGGUUGUGCAAAUACAAAGGUUUCAAUAUAAUUGUUAUAGUGCCACAGCAUAUGUUACCCAAAAAUCCAUCACUUUACCCAUACAUAACCGUGUCAACUCCACAAUUUGUUGUGCUGCCAAAAAGCAUGUUUGUUUUUAAUUAUUAUUAUUGUUGUUGUUAUUAAAUCAUUUUUAAUAACAUUUUAACAGAUGUCAUUAUAAUACUGAAAUGCUAACUAUAGCUAGAUGUGUAGGUAACACACGCACACAAAUCUAUGUAGAUACACAUAAAUACACAGGAACAAAUGCAUUUUAUUAAAGAACAAAAAUGA